AUGGAUAAACGAUAUUAAUAAAACAGCAGCAACAGAGAAAAUAGUUAAAAUAUAAAUGGAGUGCAAAAAACAUAUACAUAUUAAGCGGAAGGAACACAAUAGGCACCAUAAAAUAACAUGCUGCAGCGUAGACCUCCUUUCAUAAAUGCAGCAGCAGGAGGUUAGUAACAAUCUUUAGAAGAACUCAACGACUUAAUUCGAAUUUAGAAAAAAAGAUAAGAAAACUACCUGCAGUUAAUAGAAGCGUUUCGUAAAAAAAACUCCUAAAUGCAAGGAUAAACGUAAUUUAUAAGUAAAGAUUAGUUAGUGCUCUUUAGCAACGUUAGGAGCUAAGAAAUAUAGAGAAUACAAGAAGAGAAUCCUCUUAUUCGCAGAUUUUUUGGAAUGAAAGUUGAUGAUCCACGCUAAAAAAUGUUUGUCACAAGAUUCUGCAUGAGAGUGUGCGAAAUUUAUGAGCAAGGAAAUAUGAAGCUGAAAUCUUUGACUCUUUAUGAUAAUGAUAAGGAAAAACAAACAAAAAGCUUUUUAGAGAAUUUACAUAGACAUUUAUAGUUGGAUGUUUUAGAGUUGGAACCUAUUUUGAAUAUUUUGAUUAGGAAUUUUAUUAAAAAUAUUAAUGAAGAGCUAGAAAGAGCCAAGUAAAUGAUGAGCAGCACUUCUGCUGUCAUGCUGAUGAAUGAUGAAGAAGAGGAAGAGAGUAAUACUGUUGCUGAUUAUCUAAUACUUCCAUUGCCAAAUGAUCCAGAAAUGCACCCUGAUUGUAAGAGUGUCUUAGAAGAAGAAGAUAUGAAUGGGUUAGCUAAUUAAGGAAAUGGAAUCACUAAUUUGCUGUCGAUGUAAAACACUCUUGGAGAAAAUAAUGCUUAAAACCAAAAGAAAAAGAUUAUCAAGGAGCUUAAGUUUACUAUGAAGCAGCAAAAGUAGUUCUUUAAUUUUUAUGAAAAGAAAUUCUUUAAAUUAUAUGACAUUCUUACACUUGACAAACCUUAUACAAAAUAGUAAAUAUCUUAGCUAAGAGUUGGUAAUCUCGAUAGGCAUUUUUAUGAGCUUUUGGCUAAAAACAAUUAAAUUUAAAGCUGUCUUAAAGACUACAUUGAAAUUUCUUCUUCUGCAGUUUCUGCUAGAAAUGCAAGAAAUAAUAUAUCUACACAGUCCUCACCUGAUAUCUUGCAAAAUCAGUAUUUGUAGUCUCCUAAAAAGGUUUCAAAAACACAUUAAAAUUAUAUAAAAAAGCUUCUGAACACAAGCUUUUUCGGGUUUGAAUAAAAUUCUCAAGGAAAUAUAAAAAAUAAAGUAAAAAGAAGCUCAAACCAAUCAGAAAAAAUUCUAUAAAAUUAGAUUUCUAGCUUGGCUUAGAUUCCAUAUUCAGUUAACGUUUUACAAAGUCAAACUGAAAUAGCUUAAAAUUCAUAAAAUACAUUAAAUUAAUUAAACAAUCCUGCAUAAUCUUCUAAUACAAACAUACAAAUAUCUACUUCAACAACUCCAAAUAUUGUAAAUAACCAAAACGUUUGCAAUUCUAACAAUAGUUAGUCAUAUUUGCAGAUUAAAUUGUACUCUGCAAAUGGCUUACUACAACAACCCAAUUUAGUUAAUUAAAAUCUUCUUAUUCCUUUAAAAUAAAAUAAGGCAAACAAUAAUAGCAUUAAUUAAUUGUUACUAUCUGAAUCAAAUGAGAUAAAUGGACAAUCUAAUUAGCAUAUAAAAAGCUCGGAAGACUGCUCUCCAAUCGAUAGAUAACAACAUUUCUUAACAGACAUUAAUUCUUAGCAAAGGCUUUUGGCUCCACCAAUUUAUCCUUAACAGCGAAUGAGUAACUGUGAAAGUAGGAGUGCUAGUGAAAAUACUAAAGUAUCUAGCCAAGCUUUGAACUAUGGCAAAAAUUUUAUAAUUACUACAACUCAACAGCAACAAUAUAUUUAUACAAAUUCUCAAUUUAAUCCUAAUCGAUAUAUCGGAGCUUCCGCUUAGUAAGCAGCUACUCAAUGCUUAGGCUUCAAUGCUAACUCUGGUAUCACACUAGUUAACGGAAAUAAUGUAAAUUCUAUAACCAACAGGAAGAUUCAACCUCGUUCAAGCCCUCUAAAAAAUAAAAAAGUAAUUGUGAAAGAAAUAGAAUAAAAUUUUUAAAGAGAAAAUAUCCUACAAGGAAUGCAAAAACCUGUUAUUUAAUAUUCGAAUAUGCCAGCAGGAAUAAAUUUAAGCAAUACUUUGAGCAAUAUGAGUAUAUUCAAUAUAAAUAGUAAUUUAAACAAUAGUAGCAAUUAAUAAUAGUUGAACAAUACUUUAAACAAUAUUGAAGCAAGAUAGCUAAGUAAUUAGUCACCAGAUUAGAAAAAAUUAUAUGAUAAAACAGCGAAUAAUAUUGGGAAUAUUUAGAAAAAUAAGAAUAACUCAAUAGAAAAUAUAGAAAAUACAAUACAAAAUGAGGGUAAUAAUAAAAAUAGCUCAGCUUCUACUUAGAUAUAAACCUAGUAAAAUGAAAUUUAUCCUAACUUAAAUAAUAUCACCAAAGUGAUAUGUGAAAAUGCUCUUGAAGAUGAUGAGACAACAACAACUUCAAAAAACAUAAAUCAAGAAAAUAAUAAAAUUAAUUUAUAAGUUUAAAGAAAUAAAUCAUCUCCCAGCAGCAAUAUUGCUAUUAAGAGGGGAACAGAAAAUGAGAAAUCCUCAUUAGUUAUUUAAAGCAGUAAUGUAAUGAGAGGAAUCAGUAAUAGUAAAGUUGUUGACGAAAAGGAAUCGCCUUCCAGAAAUAGAAAACUGGUUAGGAGAUCAAGUUAGGAUAAAAAAGCUUCUGUUUCUCCGUAAAAAUAAAUGUUGAGAAAGGGAGACAAUUAAAGUAAAACUCUUGAUAAUACUUACAACUCUAUUAAUAGCUUAUCAAUGACAGUGGAAAAUGCAAAGCUAAGUCAAGAAGCAUAGAAUUCCUCUUAAAAUAUAAACAUUACAAAUGAUUUAAGCUAAGUAAAUUAUUUACAAACUCCUAAAUAAGAAAAUUUUCUUUGUUUAGAAUUAAAAAAUUCUGAGAAUUUGGAUGAAAAUAAUCCUAAAAAAGUAAAUAACAGUGAGUAAUUAUUAAAUAAAGAUAAAAUUUAAGAUCAAGAAAAGCAAAAUAAGUGUUUUGAGCAAUAAAAUGAAUAAGAAAUUAUUAGAGUUUAAAUAGAAAAUUUGAGACAAAGUGAAGAAGCAAAAAUUUCAUAGAAGAAUUCUGAUUAGAUUUUCUAGCAAUAAGAAAUAGAAGUAAAAGAAAUUCAAAACAAUUUCAAUGAGUAAUUUAAAAUGGAUUACGUUUUAGAAUAGCGCAAAGAUGAUAAAUCUGAGUUGUAAAGUAAUAAUGAAAGUGAUAGCUAAAAUGGAUCAUUACAAAACGAAAUGAUUCUUAAAGAAAAUUAAUCGUAGUAAUAAUCUUCUCAGUCUUCUACAAAGAAUGCUUUAAAUUAACAAAAAGAAUCAUCUAAAAACUAGAGAAUAAUUUACACAAACCCAAACGGAACAUAGAUUUUGAAGCUACAAAAAAUUAAGAAUGAAAAUUCUUAUUACAAUCAUUAAAACCACAAAAGAGUAAAGUCAAAUCAGGACAGAAUAAGGAUUUCUAAAUAAAAAAAUAUUGAUUAAAAAAGAAAUGAUCAUCAUUAAAAUUCAUUAUAUUCUUAAAAAUAAUACAAUAGAGAUGAAAGUGAAGACAAUAGCCAAUAUGAUUUUGAUGAUAAAGAAUUUUUAUUGAGCAAGUAUCAGAAUUCAACUCAAGUUAACUAAAUUACUUGCUAAGUGGAUGCACAUGGAUCAUCUUCUAGUGAAUCAUAAAAAUAAAAUUAAAAUAAACCUGUUUUAUAGACUACAAGCAUCAACGGCAAUUAAUAGUCAAAUGAUUUUAAUAACACUACAAACUUAACCAAUUUUAGAGCCACUUCAAACACAUUCGUCCCAUCUUCAUACAAAAGAAAUGUAAUUAACAGUAACGAUGGAAAUACUACAGCUGCCUAUUCCUAAUUUAGACAAAGCUUUCACUGUCAAGGUAGCAGCAGUGGCCAUAACAACUCUAACAGCCACCAAAAUAAAAAUAACAAUAAUAAUAUGUCUAAUUUCAAUAAUGAGUACAAUAUUAACCCGAACCCAAAUAGCUCAUUUAAUCGAAGCUAUUACUCAAGAGCUAAAUCUUCCCAUGAAAACAACAACAACAACAAUCUAAAUAACAGCAAUAAUAACACUUCUUCCUUAUCUUAAUAUCAGGUACAAGAUUAACUGUCUUAGCUUCCAUUUUAAUUGAGCACUAAGCCAAAAAUUCUGAGUAAUUUUCCAAAUUCUUACCCAAUAACUGCUUUUUCUGCUUCUAUAACUGGAAAUGUAACUGCAGAAUCUACAAACAAAAACAAAAAAAAGGAGAUAUCAGCAAAUAUCUAAGCAGCUAAACCUUAGCAGAGCAAUAACACAAGUUUCAAUUAGCCAAAUAACAAAAUUAACCCAGCUACUGAAAAUAAUCAAAUUAGCACGUUUAGCAGCGUGCUUAACAGCUAAUAAAAUAACAUCAGCAAUUAAAAUGCCAAGCAAUAAGUUAAUUAAAGCUAAGACCGCAAAGAAAUGCAUUCUAUGGGAAAUUUAGAUGAAUUCGAUCAAAAUUAUAAAAUAAACUCUUUGAAGCUUCAUUCUAAAUUUUACAAAACUCAAUUUAAAGAAAUAAUGGAAAAUUUUCAUGGCACAUAAAAUAAUGCGUAUUAACAGUAAGAAGAAAACCCAAUAGUUUAGCACAGUUAUUAAUAAAAUGCCUAAAAUAUAUUUUAAAAGCAGUCUAACUAAAGCUCUGCCUAAAAGCAAUUAGAAAAGGUAUCUGUGCCUCUAAACCCAAAUGGUUUUAACUCUUCAGUGUUUUAAUUAAAUGUGAAUUAAAAUAAUUAAUUUAAUAUCAAUCAAAACAACCCAUAUAAUGUGAACUAAAAUAAUCCAUACUAUGUGAAUUAAAAUAGUGGACCUAGCCAAAAUAACAACAGUAAUUAAAAUACGAUAAAUGCUAAUAAUCAAAGCAUUCAUAGCAGUAGCCUAAAUAAAAAAACUAAUAAUAACGAUACUAAUGGUGGACCAAUUAUUCCUACUUAGUAAAGCAAAAGGAGCAAUAAUUUUAUGAAGCAAGCAGCAGCAAAAAGAAAAGAUAUCAACUUCCCAAAGAUCAUCAACCCAAAUCAAAGAGAUAAGACUCUUAAGAUAAUUGAGGAUUUCUAAAAAACAAACGAAAAAAGUUUUUCUAAUCUUACUUCUUAAAAAUGCUCAUUUGACUCUAGAAAUAUUGCUCAGGUAAUAAAUGCUAAAGCUGCCUUUUCACAAAAAGAAAUAUAAUGUGAUGAUAAUAUUCAAAGAAGUUAAUUUUCAAAAGGUCUUUCUGACACUAAAGGAAUUCCAGCUAAUUUAAUAUAUUCUUUAGAAAAAAUCAACGAUUUACAAAAUAGUAAUGUAAACGUAAGCUAAAAUUUAAACAAGAAUGCAAAAAAUAGUGAGACGUGUAAGAGGAGAAGAUCUGAAUCAGCUGAUAAUAAAUGUUCAAAUCUUUAAAGUGUAGAUGUAUUCACAAGCUAAGCACAAUCUGUUUAAAUCUUUAAAGAAGGGUAGAAUAUAAAUUUACUAAAUAGCAAAACAGAAGUUAAAAGAAAUAAGGAGCUCAAAAAUGAAUAAUAUAAAAAAAGUAAUACAAAAUAUUCAUAUGUCUCAGAGAUAGAAGCACUUAAAGAAUACGAUGAUAUGAGAUAACAAGUUCUAAAAACUAUGAAUACCUAUAAACUUUCUUAAUAAGAAACAAAUAAUUCAAAUUCACAAUCGUCAUAUAGAAUAAAUUAAAAUAUUAAAACUAAGUAUUUAAGAUCUUCAUUAGAAGAAAAAAAAUAUCAUGAAAUUACAGCUAAAUUAGAUAAAUAAAAUAGUUUACUUAAUAAAUAAAAUGAACCACAAUCUUCACUUAAAAUCAUCAAUAAUAAUUAAUAAUGA